AUGGACGGUGGCCAGACCUCUUCCAAUCCCGCCCCCGCUGGGAACUCCAGUGAUUUUGUGCGCAAGCUGUACAAAAUGCUGGAGGACCCUACAUAUGCGUCGAUCGUACGCUGGGGUGAUGAGGGAGAUUCCUUUGUGGUAUUGGAGUGCGAGAAAUUUACCAAGACCAUCCUACCGAAGCACUUUAAACACAGCAACUUUGCCAGCUUUGUGCGCCAACUGAACAAAUACGACUUCCACAAGGUUCGACAAAACAAUGAAGAGAAUGGCCAGUCGCCAUACGGGCAGAAUGCAUGGGAGUUCAAGCACCCAGAGUUUCGCGCGAACAGCAAAGAAUCGCUCGACAAUAUUCGCAGAAAGGCGCCCGCACCACGAAAACAACCCCAACCCACCGACGAGUCCGCACCCACGCAACAAAUUGAUCUUCUUAACCAGCAGAUUGUGGCGCAACAGCAGCAGAUCCAGCACCUAUCAGACCGAUAUGCCCAGCUUACGGUGGAUCAUCAGCUCAUGCUACAAGAAGUGAUGCGAGUGCAGAAGACGGUGUUGAAUCACGAGAAUGUCAUUCACCAGGUGAUGACCUACUUGCUUUCGGUGGAUGCGCGCCAGCGCCGAGACACCAAGGCUGUGACCUUCCAAGCAACCGGUACGACAAUGAGCCCUUCGCAGGUUGGUGCAGUGGACGAUGAACCCUCAUCGCCCCUCCAGCAAGCCUCGAAGCUCCUGAAUGACAUGAACGCCGAACUACAAUUCAAUAUGAACGGCGUCGACUCGAUGAACGAUCCUCAAAAGACCGUCGUUUCAACUCCCACCUUGGAUCCGAAUGCGAAUGCCCGAAACGGCUCGCUCCGUUCCGCGACCACCGCACCACCAAAUCCCGCACUUGUUUACCCCAAGAUGACCGGCGAUCUGGAGCAAGUGGUCUAUCCCGUGGGGGGCCACAAAUGGCAUCGAUCCCAUCAAGAGAUAGAGACCUCAGAUGCUCGGCGGCAGUUUCCCGACAACCGGAAAAAGAGCACGAAUGUGGACCCUGGCUGGGUGCGCAGCCCACAUAUCCUCUUGGUUGAAGAUGACGCCACCUGUCGGCAGAUUGGCGGCAAAUUCUUGUACUCUUUCUCGUGUGUGAUUGACACUGCGUUUGACGGCUUGGAGGCUGUGAACAAAAUUCAGGGUGGCUCAAAAUACGAUCUAAUUCUGAUGGACAUUAUCAUGCCGAAUUUGGACGGUGUAUCGGCAUGCCACCUCAUUCGCCAAUUUGACCGCACGCCGAUCAUCGCCAUGACCUCGAACAUCCGAAGCGACGACAUUCAGCUCUAUUUCCAGCAUGGUAAGACAAACAUCAAAACCUUGAUUCAAACGCCUUCCACUUACCCUUCAAUAGGAAUGGAUGAUGUUCUUCCGAAGCCAUUCACCCGCAAGAGUCUUCUCGAUAUGCUUGAAAGACAUUUGGAUCAUCUCAAAAUUUCGCCACAGAACCCAGGAAUGGAGCCAGUACGACCUUCCGCCGCUGCUGUGACCAUGGCAGCUGCAACUCAAAGUUCAGCAAACCAGUCGAUCAAAGAAGACAGCUCUCCAGGCCAGUCACCCGCUGGAUCAAUGACUAACUGGCAAUCGCCCAACCAAUUCCAAAAUAUGCAGGCUGUUCCCCCGAAUAUGCCAGCCGUUCAAGGGCCAUAUGUUACAGCUCCAUCGGCCGCCUACGCUGUUGACCAGAAUGGUGUCCAGUACCCAGCAGCACCGGUAGGCGUCCCAACUGGGCGCGCUCCUCUUCGUACCCCGCAUCGCCGUCAAAUCUCCGACAUGGGCGGUGCUGCCGAUAACCCCAACAUGCCUAAACGGCAGCGCAUGUACUCCCAACCUCAACCAAUGCUUGCCGUGCAAGCUGUGCAAGCUGGCCGACCUGGCUAA